GCCGCCGUCAAGAUGGAGGCAGCGGAGGGAGACGACCUGAUCGAGGAUCAGCUCAUACCGCCGCCUAAUGCCGCCAUGAAUGAAAUGCUCAAUGUGGGGCAGGAGGAGGAGGACAUGCAGGACCAGAUGGAGGAGUUUUUGGGCCCCCAGGCCCAGUACAACGAGGAGGAGGAGGAAAGGAAAUACUACAGGAGAAAGAGGCUGGGAGUCAUCAAAAAUGUGGUGGCAGCCAGUGUUGGCGCCAUGAUCGUGUACAGCGUGUACAUGGGUCUGCUGCAGAUGCAGCUGAUCCUCCACUACGACAUGACCUACCGUGAGGUUAAGUACAGCAACCUGGGCCUGGAGGACAUCGACCGCAAGAUGCUGAUGGGCAUCAACGUCACGCCCAUCAUCAGCCUCCUGUACACCCCCAUACUCAUCAGGUUUCUCGGCACCAAGUGGAUGAUGUUCCUGGCGUCGGGAAUCUACGCCCUCUUUGUCUCCACUAAUUACUGGGAGCGUUACUACACGCUGGUGCCGUCGGCCGUCGCCAUCGGCGUGGCCAUCGUGCCGCUGUGGGCCUCGCUGGGCAAUUACAUCACCAGGAUGGCGCAGCAGUACUACGAGUUUGUCAACUACAAAGAGGAGCACGUCCAGGAGCAGAAGAAACUUCCCAAGGGAGCGUGCCACCGCUACGUCAUCAUCUUCCAGUCGGUCUUCAACUGCAUCUUCAACCUGAGUUUCGUCUUCGCCCAGUUCCCCAUGCGUCUCGUGCUCAACAGCUACCUGUAUGACGAGUCGCACGUUCUCGCCAACGUGAAAAUAUGCGGUGCAGCCAUCAGCGGCGUGAUCCCCGGCUUCAACACCACCGUCCUGACCAACCUGCCCCGCUCCAUGCUGCUCAUCGAGGUGGAGAGCGUCCUCAUGGGCUUCGCCUUCCUCGCCAUGAUCAUCUUCCUGGUGCUGUGUGGCCCCGCCUACCGCCCGACGGAGGAGAUCGACCUCCGCAGCAUCGGCUGGGGGAACAUCUUCCAGCUGCCCUUCAAGCACCUGCGGGACUACCGCUUGCGGCUGCUCUGCCCCUUCUUCAUCUACAGCGGCUUCGAAGUGCUGUUCGUCAUCAGCGGCUUCUCUCUGUCGUACGGCGUCUGCAUCCUGGGCCUGAAGCAGCUGUGGCUGCUGAUCGUGGUCUACGGCCUCUCCAGCUCCGUCUUCUCCCUGCUCUCCCUCUGCCUGCUGCGUCUGCCCCGCUGGCUGUGUCUGGUGGGGGGCGCCGUGGUGCACCUGGUGCUGCUGGUGGUCCUCAUGGCGCUGUCCCCGGAGCCCAGGAAUCCAGCGUAUCUGGGUCCCCUGCUGCUGAUCUCGGCCCUGUGGGGGCUGGGGACGGCCCUGAACAAGACCGGCGUCAGCACCCUGCUCGGCCUGCUGUACGCGGAGGAGAAGGAGCGCCUGGACUUCAUCUACACCAUCUACCACUGGUGGCAGGCCGUCGCCAUCUUCAUGGUCUACCUCUGGUCCAAGCUGCCCAUGAGGGCCAAACUCUCCAUCCUGAUGGCCACUCUGCUGCUGGCCUGCUACUGCUACUGGCUCAUGGAGCGCCGGGUGGCCGCCAAAGUGCAGCACAGACUCCCCCGCAUCCCCCGGCCCAGACACAAGGUAAAAGGCUACCGCUACCUGGAGGAGGACAACUCGGACGAGUCUGACUCGGAGAGGAGCGAGGAUGAGGAUGAGGAUGGUGUGGAUGAUCAGGAGGAGGAGCGGGACGGCGGCCAGCGCGUCGUGGAGGAGAUGGGAGCAGAGGACGCGGAAGCAGGAGGCCGUGACGCCGGGGCCGAGGGAGCUGACUCACCCGGAGUCUGGAGGAGAGGAGCCAAGGGCCAGCGGCACAGAUGGGAGGACGGGGGGGAAGAGGAGCACGGGGAAGGAGCGUAGGGGAGCGGAGAGCAGGAACGGAUGCUGUGGUGCUCAUGACUCCCUUACUGCACCAAACUCAGCAGAAAGUUCUCCUCCCGCGGAUCGUCGACACAAAGUACUCAUCUUUUCAGGUUUAAGCCCCUUAUGCAAGUACGAGCUUGUGAUACUCCCAGAGCUUCUGGCUUUGUGAAAGUCUCACAACUACGCAUCUUCCAGACUAGAUAUCAUUUAUAAGUUUGAGGUUUCCUUCAGACGAUAGA